AUGUGUCAGGAUAUUCUCUACAUACCUGACUUCAUACAGAACAAUGCCAGAACAGAAAAUCCAAAGAAAAUUCAACAGGAACUUGAAGCCUCUGCCAAGAUCUUAGAUGAAUACCUUGAUGACUUUCAACAAGCAAGACAAGAACUCCUGAAAAGUAAGGCAGAUUCAAUUGAAGAAAUCAGAAAAUUUAGACAAGAAGUCAAUGCCAGGCUUGAUGAAAUGGAGCAGAACUCGAUAGCUGAUACAGAAGAUAAAUUCAAACUUCUGAUGAAAGAGAUAGAAGACAGAAUGAGUUUGCUGCAGAAAAAUCAAGCUAGUGUUACUUCAGCUAAAGAUAAAUUAGCAUCAGUGAAAAAUAAUGUUUCCCAGGAGUUUGUUAAUGCAAAGAAGGGGAUAAAGGUAGCAAGUGAUGCAAAAGUCUGUGUAGAGGAAAGUAAAGCUGGAUUUCGUAGCAAAAAUAUAAAAAUAAUUCCUGAUCAGAUAAUACUGCCAAAGUUGAAAGAAACGAAUAUGCUGUUGAAAGUAGCAGAGAAAGAUUCUCUACUUCAAGUAAAAAAUAAAAAGACAUGUAAUGUGAAAACUCCAUCAGAUACAGAAGUCUGUAAUAUAAGCUCUGUCUGCUACCUGGAAGAUGGAUCAGUAAUACUGUGUGAUAACAUCAACAAGAAGCUGAAACGUUUAGACAGUUCCUCUUACACUGUUAAGGAGUACUAUGAUCUUCCUUGCUAUUCGUGGCAAAUGUGUCCCAUCAACAAACACGAAGUUGCUGUAAGUCUGUAUAUGAAAAAUGAAAUCCAUCUUAUUUCCCAUAGCAAUGAAAUGAGAAAAACAAAUGAAAUAAAAACUGACUUUGUAUGUUAUGGUCUGGCCCAUGCAGAUGGCAAUCUGUACAUUUCAGACAAACAUACAUCAGUGUAUGUAUACAGUGUAUCAGGCAGAAAGCUGAAAUGUAUCAGUAUGGACUUGUACACUUCCGAUAAGCAUACAUCAGUGUAUGCAUACAGUGUACCAGGCAGAAAGCUGAAGUGUAUCAGUAUGAAGCCUUCAAAAAAGAGGGAAUUAAAUAUAAUGAAUCUGGCUGUCAGUGAGGAUGGUUCCAAAAUAUAUGUUACUUGUCGAAAUAAUGGACUCAUCAUAUUAGACAAUAAUGGACAGGUUAUCAGGAACUUCAAUGGUCCAGAGAUACAAAGUCCCUGGGGAAUAUUUCAGACCAGCAGUGGUAGUUUGCUUGUUGCCUCCAGAGGUUACAACAAUGUGCUGCAGUUUCGACCUAGAGGACAGUUUAUUGGGAAGGUAAUCAAGUCUGAAGCCAGAAAAGAGAACUGUCCUGCUGUUGCUUGUAAUCAGCAAAUGACCAAGCUGAUCGUCAGUACGUUUGGAGAUAACAACAUUGAAGUAUAUGAUAUAGUCUGA